CCUGGACCUGAGCGCGCGGGCAGCCUCAGAGCUCAGUCUCCAGCUCGAGACAGGAGCGCAGCAGCCGAAGCCAGCGGGGACAGGUUCUCCGCACACCGGGCAUCUCAACAGGCACUCGAGGCUGCAGAAUUGCUCUGAGACUCAGCGGCGGCAGCGCGGCAGGACGCGGAGGACUCCCUGUCUGCGCCCUCUGUGCACUCGGCUUCUGGCGGCGCCCAGCAGGAAUCCCGAGCUGCGGCCACACUCACCACUCAGCUUUCGCCGCCGCUGUAGCCCAGGGGCGCCCCGGAGCCCGGAGCUCACCGGAGCUGGGGUCCGAGCUGAGAGGGCGGCCGUAAACCCGGGUCGCUGAUUCGGGACCGCGGGUUGCGACGGCGAGAAACCCGAAAAGUCCGGGGGUCGCGGGCGCGGAGCCGUCCAGCUCCGAACCGUGGGGUCCACCACCCCACGGGGAGGGCAGCUGAGCGCGGCUGGCUACGGAGCGGCGGCGGCCCGGGGGCUCCGCGGUUCCGGCGACCCCGCAGGCACCUGGCUCACGGUCAGUCACCCGUAGCGGGAAGAGCAGGGCACGCCAUGGAAGCGCGGGGCGGCGCCGGGCGGCGCAAAGCGAAGUGAGGCGGUCGGGCCGGGGUCGGCGGCCCCGCGGGCCAUGUACGGCGACGUGUUCAACGCCACGGGCGGCCCCGAAGCGGCGGUAGGCGGCGCGCUGGCCCUGGCAACCACGGUCAAGGCGGAGGGCGCUUUGCCGCUGGAGCUAGCUACCGCGCGCGGGAUGCGGGACGGCGCGGCCGCCAAGCCCGACCUGCCUACCUACCUGCUGCUCUUUUUCCUGCUGCUGCUCUCCGUGGCGCUCGUCGUCCUCUUCAUCGGCUGCCAGCUGCGCCACUCGGCCUUCGCCGCGCUGCCCCACGACCGCUCGCUGCGGGACGCCCGCGCGCCCUGGAAGAUGCGGCCGGUGUAGCGGCGGAGCCAGCCACGCCGGCAGGCGCCCGGUGCCGGUCUCGCCACCAGCAGUCGGUGUGAGCCAGGCAGGGUGCAUCUGACGCCCCUGGGAACACUGCGCCCUGACCCCAACACCCUUCCCGCCCUCGAGCAGCACCCUGGGCGUCAAGGGAGUAGGAGGCGUUAGGAGGCUGUAGAAGGUCCCGAUCCUCGUGGCCGCAGGGAACUAAGGUUCUGCUUCCCUGGAGGACUCUGUCUUCCCUGGAGGACUCUCUCUUCCCUGGACAGCGGGCCCAGCUGAAGGGGUGGGGGGGCGGGCAGGGGGUGCCUUCCUGCAAGACGGCGCUCCUGCCCGUACAAGGGAGCCUUUCUCGCCGCCCGCUGACUUCCCUACUUUGCAUACCCAAGGGGCAGGCGCUGUGAGCGCGCAACUACCCGAGCGCGCAGCCAGCCCGGAGCUGCCUGUCCGGAGUCCCCGGCCCUGCAGCCGUCUUCUUACGGCUAUUACCACCUCUCCCACUCUUUGCACCGAGAGUCCCACUAGGAUCUGAGUGUGAACUCAGCCGGACUUGGGAAUGAUGGCUCUCGGAAGCUUCGUCCCCUGGGGAAGGAGGGGACUCGAGUUUCAAUGGGUCCCGCCCGGGUCUGAGGACCCAGUUUCUCUGCCCGCACGCGCAAAGGGGAAGCCGGUCUAGAGGCGCAGGGUCCCACCUGCAGCACCCUGUGGUCAGGAAAUAGUGUCCUCCAUCUCCAGAGGCCGCAUUUCUACAAUAAAACCUCACCGAAUUAGACCCAG